CACGACGCUUACGUCUGGUUGUGACUCCAAAUCUCGCGAGAUGAGACUUGCGGCGCUUGGCUGGUAGGGGAGACACCAUGCAGGCACGCUAGCUGCUAGCCUCCCGUCUGAAGUGCGCUGCUCACUGACAGCAGGGUGCCGAUACUCCAAUCCUGUAGGUCAGCCGCUGUGAAGGAAAACAUAGAUUGUUGGUGUAUUCAGCGAUAGUAUGGAAAAUGAAGAUGACGAUCCAAUUAUACAAGAGAUUGAUGUGUUUUUGGCUAAAAGCUUGUCAGAAAAGCUCUAUUUAUUCCAGUACCCUAUACGCCCUGCAUCGAUGACAUAUGAUGACGUCACACAUUUAUCAACGAGGAUUAAACCAAAGCAACAGAAGAUGGAAAUGGAAAUUGCCAUUAAUACAGUGAGUCCAAAUUACUGUCGCAGCAAAGGAGAGCAGAUUGCUCUAAAUGUCGAUGGUACAUCUAAUGAUGACACAAGCACCUACUCAACGAAACUAAUGGAUAAGCAGAUAUUCUCCUCUAUACAAGCUGCAAGCAACACCACUCGCUAUGCAGCAGCUUUAUAUCGGAAAGGUGAAAUUCAUUUGACUCCUCUUCAUGGAAUUCUGCAAAUGCGUCCCAGCUUCACUUACUUGGACAAAGCUGACACUAAAUUUAAAGAGAGAGAAGCUGCCAACGAAGGUGGAGAUUCCUCGCAGGAUGAAGUUGAGGAUGACAUAAAACAAGUGACCGUGCGUUUCUCCCGGCCAGAAUCUGAAAAAGCCAAGCAGCGCAGAGCCCAAUCCUAUGAAUUCCUGCAAAAGAAGCAGGCUGAGGAAACCUGGGUCCAUCUUCACUAUUCGGGUGUAAAGGACAGUCGCUCAGAACACGAGCGUCAGUAUUUGCUUUGCCAGAAUACCAGCGUGGCAGACAAUAUGGAACUCACUAAAUCCCCAAGGGAUUAUCUGUCAAUGCUGAUGCCUCCAGAUGUUGAAGAGGAAAAGGAGAAGCCUGUAGCACCAAGCAAUGUGCUCUCUAUGGCCCAACUAAGAACUUUACCAUUGGGUGACCAGAUAAAAAUACUAAUGAAAAAUGUUAAGGUUAUGCCCUUUGCAAACCUCAUGGGGCUGAUGGCUGCUGGUACAGAAUCCAUUAAUGUUCUGCGAUGUAUACAGCAAGUGGCCAUGUUGGUUCAGGGAAACUGGGUGGUAAAGAGUGAUGUGGUUUAUCCAAAGGAGUCCUCUAGUCCUCACAGUGGAGUGUCAGCAGAUGUGCUUUGUCGUGGGAGAGACUUUGUUAUGUGGAGAUUCACAAAGUCUCGCUGGGUCGUGAGGAAAGAAAUUGCAGCGGUGACAAAACUUUGCCAGGAAGAUGUGAAAGAAUUCUUGGAUCAUAUGUCUAUUCCACGGAUCAACAAAGGCUGGGAAUUCAUGUUGCCUUAUGAUGAAGACUUUGUGAAAAAGCAUCCAGAUGUGGUCGAGAGGCAGAACAUGCUGUGGAAAGGAAUUGAAUCUAAAUUAAAAAAGGUAUUUAGCAUUUCAAAUGAAGAUCUGGUAUCCAGGAAACAAGACACGUCCUCAGCGCCAUCUGUAGUGAUACCUGGGGACCAGCUGGUUAACAUUGCAAAAGCAAAGGCCACAGAGAACCAAGCUCAGUUGGAGAGGACCUUGCAGAAGAAGAAAGAGCAAAGCAAGCAAACUUCUUCCACUGUAACGGUUCUGGCAGACGUUCAUAUCAAAGAAGAGCCGGUGAGCGACGAGGAACCCAUGGACACCUCUGCCUGUGACAGUCUGAGCAAUGGAAUGGUCAAUGGUAUUCAUAUGGAUGAGAGUUCUCGUGAGUCGGUUAAUGGUCACACCCCGAGAGGCGACGGAGAUCUUGUAACAAAAGAACUGAAGGAGUUUGUGGCUACAACAUUCAAUAAACAAUAUGUUUUGACCUUGCGAGAACUUAAACGUUUAUUUAAUCUGCAUUUAGCCAGUCUUCCUCCUGGACAUAUUCUGUUUAGUGGCAUCUCGGAUAAAAUGUUGCAAGAAACGGUUUUAAAUACUGGAUGCAAACAGAUUAAGGUGCCUUUUCCUCCACAGAGCACAGCUACACCCGAGGAACAGAAGGUGUUUGCAUUGUGGGAGUGUGGAGACUCUCAUGACCAGCUCCGACAGGAGCUGCUUGAUUUGUUCCUGACGGGACAUCGCUUGCGCAGGAACUUGAUCCAGACGAAGCUGAGCCAGAAGUUUGGAGACGCUCUCAAUAAACAGCAGGUGGACAAGGUGUUGAAGGACUGUUGUGUAUGUUAUGGAGGAAUGUGGUAUCUUAAAGGAACAGUGCAGUCUUGAUACUACGGAAGAGCUGACAACUUAUCAGAAGAGUAGUCUGGGCCCAGUAGCGGCCAGUAACCACUCAGGAUUCUGAGGCCCCAAGCACAUACACCAUCACACCGCACUGGUUCAUGGGCACAGAACGCACAUAUGCCUGCAUGGCCUGGAGAAAGCAAAUCCAAACAAAGAUGGUGACUGAUCACUUGGGAUUGUGAACAUAUUUUCCUUUUAAACAUACAUAUAUUUUUUUCUUUUUUUGAAAACCCCAGUAAUAAACUGAAAUAUGAAGUGAAUUAAGUACAAGAGAAAAUGAGAAAUACAGGUGCCAGUGUAGUAGAUAAACUCCUAGGCUUUCCUGUAUGGAUUAUACGUGUUAAGGACAGGCAGCCUAGUGGGAAGCUCAGAAGCAAUUUAAAAAAAAAAAAAAAAGGGUAGUUAACCUUUAAGUUAACUUUCAGUAUGCUACUGAAUGGCCAAUUCUUGGCAAUGUUUCAAUUGGUCUUCAUUUUUUUUUUUUUUUCUAUAGUUCUUGAAUUAUUUGCUUUACUCUUCUGACUCUUUAUAGUUCACAAAUGGGGGUCAGUGACGCCAGCAGCCAAAAAUCCAUUGCUCUGUAAAUCUACAAUUUUAUUGUUAUUGUUACUAUUUAUUAUCGUUUUAUUUAGUUCCAGCCUCAUUCAAACCACUGCCUGGUAAAAAUUGAGUGAGUAAACAAAAAGCUAAAUAAUUAAAAAAAUGAAGUCCAAUUGAAGAUUCGUAGAAUAGCUCUCUCCAUAUCAUGCUAAAAAUGAAUUUAACGGAGAACAAGCCCUUUAAAAACUGUCUUCCAUAGUGUGUGUGUAUUUUGGAUAUCUCACACACAUUUGUAAACUCUGCCCUUGCACUACAGUGAGGGCUCACAAGCACCAUGAGGGUAAGUUCUAUUUAGCUAGAGAAUAUACACUGGUGUUGCCUGUGCCACUUCUGAUUGGCCAGUUUAUUCCUAAUAUACCUGUAACGCAUCAUCUUUCCGGCCAUUUAAGCAAGUUAUGACAAAGAAUUGCAAUAAAUGGCACCAUGUGGUUUCUAAUGAGUAUUUUGCUUUUGUUGAAUUGUACCGUUCCUUUAUCUUACAUGAAAUGGCAAUAUUUGUCAUGGUGGCACAGGGUUACAUUAGUGCUGUGAGGCAUAAAACGCUUUUGUUUAUUUCUCUUUAAUAGCUGCGCCUGGGAGAGAGAGGGCACUGCUGUUUUAUUUCAUGUUGCUGGCACCACUUCCCUCACAUAUAGUGAAUCUGAAAGACACGGACACCAUGAGAAAAGCAGAGCAAAGUGCCAUGUGGUUAUUUUAGUUCAUGAAACCUUAAAAGAUCUGGGGUGGCCAUCUUGGGGCCCUAUUACAGAGAAUACGGUCUUUCGGCUGUUACACACCUACAGCUCUACAAGUCUGGCCGACCUAAAGUAUUGAUGUCUCCCCUUCCCAGAAUCCAUUAUUCCCACUGCUAUAGAGGCUGCCAAGAGGUCCAUUUGUGGUCUGUUAAUGACCUUUCUCUUCCUCACAUGGGCUGCUCUGCAGGUGUGUCUGUAUACGGAGGUGGGGCAGAUGUACCCCCAUAAAGACAGCUGGCCACAAAUCUGCUGCCUUUAACAGUUUGCUCUAAAUCUCAGAGCUCUUUCUGUGUUGAAGUUUACACUUACAAGAUCCCACUAUAGGAGUAGCUAGUGGUGGGGAAAGACUAGGACUGGUUGCUUUACUUGCUGAUUUGCAAGUGUUUUAUAAUUAAUAUAAUGAAUUAAGGGACCUGUAUAAUAUUAUUUACUAUUUGGUUCAAAUGUCAUUAAAACAAUUUGCUUGAA